AUGGGGCAACAACUAAUGACCCUCUUAAGUUUGACUCUAAACCACUGGGGAGACGUUCGGGACCGAGCCAAUCAGAAAAAAUGUCAAACUCUCUGCAAUUCUGAGUGCCCAACAUUUAAUGUUGGCUGGCCUCGGGACGGUUCUUUUAAUCUUGAGAUUAUUUUACAGAUAAAAGAAAUGGUGUUCAAUUCUAGGCCCCAUGGACACCCAGACCAGAUUCCCUACAUCAUAACCUGGGAAGACCUGGCCCGCAACCCUCCACCCUGGGCUGCCCUUUCAUUGUCCCCACGACUCAGUCGGAACUCACCCCCAUGCAAACCCGUCUUCGCCUCCGAAGAAUGGGCGGAAAACUCAGGGGAAGCCGCCUCAUGGUCAGCUCAGCUCUUCCCUUUAAGAUCAGUGGGUAACCAAACACAAUACUGUCCAUUCUCUGCCUCAGAUCUUUACAACUGGAAAACUCAUAACCCUUCCUUUUCUCAAGACCCCCAGGCUCUGACUGGACUCAUUGAGUCCAUUCUAAUGACCCAUCAGCCGACAUGGGAUGAUUGCCUCACUACGGAGGAGAGACAGAAAGUUUUCCUAGAGGCACACAAGAACGUGCCAGGGCCAAAUGGGGCCCUCACCCAGCUCCCUAAUGAGAUUGAUGCCGAUUUCCCGCUGAAUAGACCUAAUUGGGACUACACCUCCCCUGCCGGUAGGGAACAACUCUGUCUUUAUUGUCAGGUUCUCCUUGCGGGUCUCAGGGUCGCCGGGAGACACCCAACCAAUUUGGUCAAGGUAAGAGCAAUUACCCAGGGAGGGGAAAAAACCCCUUCAGCAUACCUAGAAAGAUUGAUGGAGGCAUACUUUAUGUAUACUCCCUUUGACCCUGCAAGUCCAGAACACCGGGGAGAGAUCAUUAUGGCCUUCAUAGGGCAGUCAGCCCCAGACAUUCUAACAAAGUUACAACGCUUGGAGGGGCUACAAGACUAUACCCUCCAGGACCUAAUGAAAGAGGCAAAAAAGAUUUGCAAUAAGACAGAAACUCUGGAAGAGAAAGAGGAGAGGCUCAGAAAGAUGCAGGAGGAAAAGGAAGAGAGG